CAAGAGAUAAUAGCCAAAGUAGAGAGUGGGCAGAUGUCUGAUGUUGCUAGGCAGUAUGGCUUGAAUAGGUCUACAGUAGGCACAAUCUUAGCUAAGAAAGAUAUAAUCAAGAAGACUCAAAGAGCUGAAGGAGUAACGAAAAUCAUAUCUGAGAAACAAAGAUGUUCCAUCCAUGAAAAAAUGGAGAGAUUGCUUUUAAUUUGGAUAAAAGAAAAGGAAAUGAAAAAAGAUGUAACUAGUAUGACUAUCAUUCAAAAGAAAGCUAGAGAAAUUUUUGAAGAACUGAAGAAACAAACUUCACAUUCAUCACAUGAGGAGAUAGAAUUCAAAGUUACUACUGGAUGGUUUUCAAAGAUUAGAAGGAGAACUGGCAUUAAACAUAUGGUAAUUCACGGUGAGUCUGCUAGUGCAGAUAAAGAAGAAGCUGAACAGUUCUGUCUCAGAUUUGAAGAAUUCAUUAAAAAAGAUGGAUAUUGUCCACAACAAAUUUGUUUAUUUUGGAAGUACAUGCCAAACCAUACCUAUGUUAUGAAAGAAGAGAAAAAUAUUCCUAGGCAUAAACCCAUGAAAGAUCAAUUGACAUUACUUUUGGGAGCUAAUGCUAGCGCUAUAUGGCUCAUUCAAAAGGCAUGGUCAGAAGUCACUCAACAACAGUUGAAUUCUGCUUGGCAAAAGUUGUCCCCCUCCUGUAUUCAGGGAGAGAGAGAUGAUGUCCCCAAAAUUAUGUAUGAAAUUGUGACAACUGUUAGAGUUCUGGAAUUGGAAGUGAAUAAAGAUGACAUUGAAGAGCUCAUAAUGGAAUCUGAAACUGAUCUGACGACAGAACAACUCCAAGAAUGCUUAAAUGAAGAACACCAAGAAACUCAGCAAGAUAUGUUUUUUUCUGAAAAAGAGAAAGAUCAAAAAGGAUCAAUGCCAACAUCUGCUAUUAAAGAACUUUUGAAGAAUGGGCAGGCCCGCCGUAAGCGGGCGUGCAAGGCAUGCACCGCACGCGGGAGGAACGUUCAGGGGGGUGGCAAAUCGAGCGAUCAGUCAUGUAAUAUUCAAAGUCAUUGUCAUAAUACUCACCCUACUUAUAGCAUAAGAAAUGUCUUCGCAUGGAGAAAAAAUCCGACCGGCGUGCAAUUACUAUAUUCUUAUUUAUAUUAUAGCAUUAACAGCGCCUCUAUUGGCAUUUAUCAAAAUUAAGAUGCAAUGCGAAAUGUCUAUCAGCAGGUUGAACCAUCCGGCAGCGCCCAAAAGCCAAGUACCCAUAGUUGUGCUCUAUAAGAGAAGUUGACAGGACUGGCGAAAAUAGGGAAUCCCACAGAGCUUCCUUCUCAAUUUGUACUUGUAGGCAUUCGAACAGUUAAAUCGCAUAUCAAAUUGCAAUUAUUUUGUUAAUAAUUCUUCUGACAUGGGUCUAAGUAUAAUUAAUGAUAUUUUAACUUGGUUAGGAUUUAAAUCUAAAGCUUAAAGACGA